GCUUCUAAUUCCUUCCUUCUCUGCCAAUUCCGGAAGGGAACCCUUUCAAAAUUUCUUCCAAGUUGUAGCGUAGGACCAAUUUUAUCAACACAAUCCGGAAUGGUCAACAUGGCGGCGGCCGUAAGAUGCCUCGGUAGAGUCUUGAUACAUCAAAGGCAUAACCUUUCCAAGAUGACUUAUCAGACACCUCUUUAUCCUUGUUCUGCAUGCAUUCAGGUGCCCAACAGACAUUUUGCUGUUGCUAGGAAGCCUGAAAAGAAAACAAGAAAAGGUACCAAAGAAAAAGCAUCAGAUGAAAAAAAAAAUGAGAUAGAAAAAAUAAAGUCAUACCCCUUUAUGGAAGGUGAACCUGAGGAUGACGUCUACCUAAAGCGCUUAUAUCCAAGGCAGAUAUACGAAGUGGAGAAAGCUAUUCAUUUGCUUAAAAAAUUUCAAAUUCUGGACUUUACGAAUCCAGCACAAGGUGUCUAUCUUGAUUUGACACUGGAUAUGGAACUGGGGAAAAAGAAAAAAGUGGAGCCAUUUGCCAGUGUUAUUAGGUUGCCAUACCCAUUUGCUUCAGAAGUCAAUAAAGUUGCUGUAUUUACAGGGAGUGCACCAGAGAUUAAAAUAGCAGAAGAAAAUGGAGCUGCGUUUGCAGGAGGAGCUGAUCUCAUUCAGAAGAUUUUGGAUGAUGAAAUUCAAUCAGACUUUUAUGUAGCUGUUCCAGAAAUAAUGCCUGAGCUUAAUCCUUUAAGGAAGAAACUGAAGAAAAGAUUUCCAAAGCUUACUCGAAAUUCCAUUGGCCGGGACAUCCCCAAAAUGCUUGAGUUAUUUAAAACUGGACAUGAAAUUAAGGUAGAUGAAGAAAGGGAGAACUUUCUCAAGACCAAAAUAGCAACACUGAAUAUGUCAAGUGAUGAGAUAGCUGCCAAUCUGCAAGCCGUUAUCAAUGAAGUGUGUCGGCACAGACCCCUGGAUUUGGGACCCUUUGUGGUACGAGCUUUCCUUCGUAGUUCAACAAGUGAAGGUUUAUUACUAAAGGUCGAGCCAUUGUUGCCUAAAGCAGUAGAAACCAAAGAAAGUAACAAAGAAGCUGCCUGAAACUGUUAUAUUGUGAAGUUUUGUUUUAAGUGGAUUAAGAAGCAACAGAAAAUUAUAAAACUAUAUAGUAUCUACAUUUGGAAUCUUGUUAUUUCUUGAUCAUCAUACUUGAAAGUGGAUUUUAACACUGGACAAUAUUACAACACAUUCAAAAAUAAUAAAAUAAAAAUUUCUCUGUGUCUGAACCUGCCUUUCAGGUCCUAUUAAAUCUUCUUUCUUAGAAUUCAGAUUUUACAUGCUGAUAAUUAUAGCAACAGUUUCUAGCUUAAUAACUUUCCCUUGAGAACUACACCAUCUGAGGGAAAAGUAACAUCCUCAGUUCCCCUAAGAGAGAGAAUGGCAGAGUUGUAAACUAUAUCAUAAAUAUGACUGUUUUCUAAAGAAAAAAUAUGGAAAAUGUUGGAAAGCAUUCAUUCUAAAAAAUUCUGAAUGCUAUUUUGAUAACAUUAUUGAAAGUGACUAAGCCUCUUUUUCAUCUUAGGAAUCAAUGUAUAAUAUUUAUAUUUUUAUAAUAACAAUAAUGCAUAUUUUUAUGGUGUUUUUGCAAUAUGCAAAGCAUGUGUAGAGUAUUUUCAUAUACUUAGCCUCAUUGCAUCCUGAAUUCUUCUGCUCAAUAGGAAUAGGUUUGGUUAGUGUUUAUUGAAUGAACAUCCCAUGAGAUGGAUGAACAACUUCCUUUAUGGAUGAAGAAUCAGGCCAAGAAGUUAAAUAUCUUUUAUCAAGUGCCUGUUUGCAAACUGGUAUUGGUCCUUAACUGUGUGACAAAACAAGAAAUAAAAAAGGUUCAAUAAUUAUGGCAUGCAGAUGCCAACUGUUCUUUCUUGGAAAUGAUUUCUUACUCUGAGACUAUCUUUCACUCUUUGUAGGAAUGUUCAAAGGCCUUUUAUGAAAUAAUAGUGCUGAUAAAUU